AUAUUCUCAAAGAUGAUUUAAAUAAUAAUUUUUUACCACAUGGUGCAAAACAAAAUGAUCUUAGAAAAGCAAUAUCUGACAAAAGAAAUACUUUUAGGUACAGAAUCAAUGAACCUAAUAAUGAAUUUGAUAAUAAUGGUUUAGAUCCAAAUAGAUAUGAAAAAAUAUUAAAAUCUAUUAAUGAAACUGAAAAAAUAGUAUUUAAUAAAUGGAAAAAUAAA